UCAUGCAAAAUGCAAAUUUUUAGGUUGUUCGUCUCUUUAGCCUAAACCCUAAUCGUCUUUACCGGUAAAUCCAAUUCACCGAUCGAUGUCACUCGUCCGUUAUUUAUCCCUCAGAUCGGUGCUGAGAGCUCGAAAUCACCGAUCCUCUUAUUCAUGUCUCAUCCAUCUUCAUCAGACUCCUCGUGAAGAAGAAGAAGAGAAAGUUAGACGCAAAACUCCAUCAAUCCGAAGCUACCACAGUAUCAUCCACCAGAGUUCGUUCAUCAACGGUGGAUCGGCUCUAGAUCUCUAUCGCAAUCAUCGCUCUGUUUUCCAAUUUCAUCCAGCUACGUUUUCGUCAGAUCGAUUCAUCUCCACCUUCAAUAGCAGCUUCCCUGGUUCCGCUGACGCCGUCAUCGAUUGGUUGUUGCAAUCCGCGGUUUCUAGGGCUUUUGAGUUACACAACGUCGCUGAUGUUCUUGUUUCUCUUAACCACUUGCUUACGUUACUCAACUCUUUCACAUUUUCUCAAUGGUGGGUGUUUAUCAUCGUCACGUCGCUAUUGAUUCGUGGGAUCACAAUUCCUGUUAUGGUUGAUCUUCUUAACAGCAUUGCAAGGUUUUUUAAAAGUCUUGGCUCGGACCAAGGAAAGGCUCUAGACAAGGUAUCAGUUCUCAGUAAAAGUCCAGGAGUAAUGUACACCAUGUUGAAGAAAGAGUUUUUUGGAGUUAAAGGAUCAGUCAUUGGUCAGGGUAUUCAAGUUCCUGUAUUUUGGUUCUCCAUGGGAGAGUUGAGACAAAACAUGGUUGAGAUUCUUAUGUCGCGUCUUCGGGGUAAGAUGUUGUCGGCGGAAUUGAUCAAGAACGGGGUCUUAAGCAGAGGACGCUUAGUGGUGGUUGUUGGCGAUGGAAUCGGCCUAGAGAUCCAAAUGUUCGAUCUUGAUUUCUCUCUUAUCUUGAAGCGUCGUCAAAUCUCACAAAACUGUCAAAUCUCACAAAGCUACGUUUAAUAAGUUUCGAUUUCAUUCAGUAAUUUUAAUAAUUUUGUUCCUUAUUUAUCGAAAAAGAGAGAGAUAUGAAAAACUUAUUUGCUAGUUCUUCUAGGC